AUUGUUUCUUACAUUUAUUUUUAUUAAAACUUGAUUAAAUUUAUAGCUUUUAAGUGCUACGAUAUGCUUUCGACCUAGCGAAUAUAGCUAAAGUUUUCCUUUAAAUACUUUACACCUUAGUUUUUCACUAAAGAAACAUCAACAUUCGUUCACCAUGAAAACGGCGUUGAUGGUGGCUGAAAAGCCUUCUUUAGCUCAAAAUCUUGCCAAUAUAUUAAGCAAUGGGAAGUGCAGUACUAACAAAGCUUCUAACUCCGCUUGCUCGGUGCAUGAAUGGAACGGAACAUUCAAAAAUGAGUCUGUUCGGUUUAAGAUGACAUCUGUGUGUGGACACGUUAUGAGCUUAGAUUUCACUGGUAAAUACAACAACUGGGAUAAGGUGGACCCUGUGGAACUGUUUAGCUGUCCUACAGAGAAAAAGGAAGCUAUGCCUAGACUGAGAAUACCGGCAUUUCUAGCUCAAGAAUCCAGAGGCUGUGAUUACCUCAUACUGUGGUUAGAUUGUGAUAAGGAGGGAGAAAACAUUUGUUUUGAAGUUAUGUCAUGUGUCCAAUCGUAUAUGAAAGGAGAUGUGUUUUCUCCACUGGUAACAUACAGAGCUCGGUUCUCUGCCAUCACAGAUAAGGACAUCAAGGCUGCUAUGCUCGCUCUAGUAAGACCAAAUGAGAAUGAGUCAAGAAGUGUGGAUGCACGUCAGGAACUAGAUUUACGUAUUGGCUGUGCAUUCACCCGUUUCCAGACAAAAUAUUUUCAAGGUAGAUAUGGAGAUUUGGACGCAUCUUUGAUAUCCUAUGGUCCAUGUCAAACACCAACUCUUGGGUUUUGCGUACAACGUCACGAUGAAAUCCAAACAUUCAAGCCGGAGACCUAUUGGGUGCUGCGAGUUACAGCCUCAACCUCUGAAGGAAGGGAAUUGCCAUUGGAAUGGAAAAGAAUAAGGAGUUUUGAAAAAGACAUUGCAAAUAUGUUCCUUGCUGGUAUCAAGGAAAUAAAAGAAGCUACUGUUACACAUAUUCAGGCUAAAGAGAAAAUUAAACCUCGUCCAGUGGCGCUAAAUACAGUGGAGUUGAUGAAAGUGGCCAGUGCUGGAUUGGGUAUGGGACCACAUCAUGCUAUGCAAAUUGCUGAGCGUCUUUAUACGCAAGGUUACAUAUCAUACCCUCGCACAGAAACAACUAGCUAUUCAGAAAACUUUGAUUUAAUAGGUUCACUGCGACAGCAGCAGAACUCAUCGAAAUGGGGUGCGGAGGUGCGCGCUAUUAUCGCCAAUGGUAUUAACAAGCCCAAGAAGGGCCAUGACGCUGGUGACCAUCCUCCCAUCACGCCGUUGCGGCCUGCAUCCGAAGCGGAAUUAGAAGGCGACAUGUGGCGUAUCUACGACUACGUGACGCGACAUUUUAUUGCGACUUUGUCGCGCGACUGCAAGUACCUCUCAACCACGCUCACCUUCCAAGUGGGCUCUGAAACGUUCUACUACACAGGCAAUACGCUCAUUGACGCCGGUUACACUGAGAUCAUGCAUUGGCAGGCGUUCGGCAAAGACGAGUUUGUCCCGGUGCUAAACGUGGACGACGUGCUGCGAGCUCACGACCAUCGGCUAGUCGAGUGCCAGACCAACCCACCUGACUAUCUUACAGAGUCUGAGGUUAUCACUCUUAUGGAGAAGCACGGUAUUGGCACUGACGCGUCCAUACCUGUCCACAUCAAUAACAUCUGUCAACGGAACUACGUCACCGUGGGCCCCGGCCGUCGCCUCGUGCCCACUAGCUUGGGCGUUGUACUCGUACAUGGAUAUCAGAAGAUCGAUCCCGAGCUAGUUCUGCCGACCAUGCGUUCGGCGGUGGAAGAGCAGUUGAAUCUCAUAGCGGUGGGCCGGGCUGACUUCCACGCGGUGUUGGCGCAUACCGGCGAGAUAUUCCGUCGCAAGUUCCAGUACUUUGUUCGCUCUAUUGAGGCGAUGGAUCAACUGUUCGAAGUCAGCUUCUCGUCUCUCAAAACUAGUGGCAAAGCGCUGUCGCGAUGUGGCAAGUGUCGACGUUAUAUGCGAUAUAUUCAGGCGAAGCCCGCUCGUCUCCACUGCUCGCACUGCGACGACACGUACACGUUACCACAGAACGGCACGGUGCGCAUCUACCGUGAGCUCAAGUGCCCGCUCGACGACUUCGAGCUACUGUCCUGGUCGUCCGGGUCUAAAGGCAAGAGCUACCCGCUCUGCCCCUACUGCUACAACCAUCCGCCGUUCAGGGAUAUGAAGAAGGGUUUCGGCUGUAACUCGUGCACGCAUCCGACAUGCGCGUACGGCGUCAACUCCACGGGUGUGUCGGGGUGUGUGGAGUGCGAUGGUGUAUUGGUACUCGAUCCCGCCGCGCCUAAGUGGAAAUUGGCCUGCAAUCGUUGCGACGUGAUAAUCAACAUAUUCGAGGACGCGUCGCGCGUGUCGGUGUGCGAGGCGGCUUGCGGCACGUGCGGCGCGCAGCUCGUCAGCGUGGAGUACCGCGCCGAGCGCACGCGUCUGCCCGCCGCGCUCACCGAGAUGACCGCCUGCCUGUACUGCGAGCCCAGCUUCAGCGCGCUGGUCGAGAAGCACCGCGCGGUAGCGUCUCGCGGAUCGAACCCGCGCGGCCGCGGCGGGCGAGCGCGCGGCAACAAACACCGCAACAAGCAACCCAAGGACAAGAUGGCGCAGCUCGCUGCUUACUUCGUCUAACGUUAGUGGCAUACUUGUAUUACAAAAUCACUCCGUAUAGUAUCGGGAUGUACAGAUAUACCAUCGAAUAAAUUUAUUCAUAGGCAGUUGACGGACCUGCGUCAUUUGGUCGGCUCAUGUCAAU